AUGGACCGAAGAGGACAGGAGCACAGGGACAAGAGCACAGGGACAGGAGCACAGGGACUGGGGCACAGGGACAGGAGCACAGGGACAGGGGCACAGGGACUGGAGCACAGGGACAGGAGCACAGGGACUGGAGCACAGGGACAGGAGCACAGGGACAGGAGCACAGGGACAGGAGCACAGGGACAGGAGCACAGGGACAGGGGCACAGGGACAGGAGCACAGGGACAGGGGCACAGGGACAGGAGCACAGGGACAGGGGCACAGGGACAGGAGCACAGGGACAGGGGCACAGGGACAGGAGCACAGGGACUGGAGCACAGGGACAGGAGCACAGGGACUGGAGCACAGGGACAGGAGCACAGGGACAGGAGCACAGGGACAGGAGCACAGGGACAGGAGCACAGGGACUGGAGCACAGGGACAGGAGCACAGGGACAGGGGCACAGGGACAGGAGCACAGGGACAGGGGCACAGGGACAGGAGCACAGGGACUGGAGCACAGGGACAGGAGCACAGGGACUGGAGCACAGGGACAGGAGCACAGGGACUGGAGCACAGGGACAGGAGCACAGGGACAGGAGCACAGGGACAGGAGCACAGGGACAGGAGCACAGGGACUGGAGCACAGGGGCACAGGGACAGGAGCACAGGGACAGGAGCACAGGGACAGGGGCACAGGGACAGGAGCACAGGGACUGGAGCACAGGGACUGGAGCACAGGGACUGGAGCACAGGGACAGGAGCACAGGGACAGGAGCACAGGGACUGGAGCACAGGGACAGGGGCACAGGGACUGGAGCACAGGGACAGGAGCACAGGGACUGGAGCACAGGAGCACAGGGACAGGAGCACAGGGGCACAGGGACAGGAGCACAGGGACAGGAGCACAGGGACAGGAGCACAGGGACUGGAGCACAGGGACAGGAGCACAGGGACUGGAGCACAGGGACAGGAGCACAGGGACAGGAGCACAGGGACUGGAGCACAGGGACAGGAGCACAGGGACUGGAGCACAGGGACAGGAGCACAGGGACAGGAGCACAGGGACAGGAGCACAGGGACUGGAGCACAGGGACAGGAGCACAGGGACAGGAGCACAGGGACUGGAGCACAGGGACUGGAGCACAGGGACAGGAGCACAGGGACAGGAGCACAGGGGCACAGGGACAGGAGCACAGGGACAGGAGCACAGGGGCACAGGGACAGGAGCACAGGGACAGGAGCACAGGGACAGGAGCACAGGGACUGGAGCACAGGGACAGGAGCACAGGGACUGGAGCACAGGGACAGGAGCACAGGGACUGGAGCACAGGGACAGGAGCACAGGGACAGGAGCACAGGGACUGGAGCACAGGGACAGGAGCACAGGGACUGGAGCACAGGGACAGGAGCACAGGGACAGGAGCACAGGGACAGGAGCACAGGGACAGGAGCACAGGGACAGGAGCACAGGGACAGGAGCACAGGGACAGGAGCACAGGGACAGGAACACAGGGACAGGAACACAGGGACAGGAGCACAGGGACAGGAGCGCAGGGACAGGAGCACAGGGACAGGAGCGCAGGGACAGGAGCACAGGGACUGGAGCACAGGGACAGGAGCACAGGGGCACAGGGACUGGAGCACAGGGACAGGAGCACAGGGACAGGAGCACAGGGACAGGAGCACAGGGACUGGAGCACAGGGACAGGAGCACAGGGGCACAGGGACAGGAGCACAGGGACAGGAGCACAGGGACUGGAGCACAGGGACUGGAGCACAGGGACAGGAGCACAGGGACAGGAGCACAGGGACAGGAGCACAAGGACAGGAGCACAGGGACAGGAGCACAGGGGCACAGGGACAGGAGCACAGGGACAGGAGCACAGGGACAGGAGCACAGGGACAGGAGCACAGGAACUGGAGCACAGGGACAGGAGCACAGGGACAGGAGCACAGGGACAGGAGCACAGGGACAGGAUCACAGGGACAGGAGCACAGGGACUGGAGCACAGGGACAGGAGCACAGGGACAGGAGCACAGGGACAGGGGCACAGGGACAGGGACAGGAGCACAGGGACAGGAGCACAGGGAGUGGAGCACAGGGACAGGAGCACAGGGACAGGAGCACAGGGGCACAGGGACAGGGACAGGAGCACAGGGACAGGAGCACAGGGAGUGGAGCACAGGGACAGGAGCACAGGGACAGGAGCACAGGGACAGGAGCACAGGGACAGGAGCACAGGGACAGGAGCACAGGGUCAUAAUACACAGGUGUAA